GAGUGUACUCCAGCGGAGCCCCCUCCUGGCCAAUCAGGAGAGUGCAGUAGUUUCGACACCACCCCCCAGCGGCCGCACAGGCGCACUGAGCCUCACUGCCAUUUUGUGCACAGAAUACUCUCCUAAAGCGGGAGAAGGAUUAAAACUAACUGCGGAGAGGCUCGCAUCUGUUCCGGACACACAAACUUUUUGGUACUGUGAUCACACUUUGAUCUGCGGGCGGUCGGAACAACAUCCAACGACAAGAGCCAGCAUGGACCAAGGAGCAGGAGGUGAUCCUUCUGUUCAGGCAGUCCACAGUCAGGAUGCCAUUGUGGCUGACCUCCUCCAACAGGCAGCAGAAGCUGGAGGUGUAGUUGUUGAUGGCCAGGGUGGAGUCGUUCUGGACCAAGGACAAGGAAUGGUUGAAACCACAACAGUUGCUGUUGAAGGUGGAGGUAGUGUUCAAAUGAUGGUUAUGGACUCUCUAGAUCCAGCACUGCUGCAGAUGAAGACCGAGGUAAUGGAGGGUGCGGUUGGAGGAGCUCCUGGUGGUGCUGCUCACCAAGCAACGGUUACAACUGUGGACCAAACUCAGAUCAUCACCCUACAGGUUGUGAAUGUGGAGGAACAAGCUGCACUGGGUCUUGGGGAGCUCCAGCUGGUACAGGUGCCUGUUUCAGCCUCUACAGUGGAGGCACUGCAGCAAGGCACCCUUGUGGAUGCCUCUGCCAUCCAAAAGGACCCAGUCAUUUGCCAUACUUUGCCUCUGCCUGAAGGCUUUCAGGUGGUUAAAGUUGGCGCUAAUGGUGAAGUGGAGACUGUGGACCAAGAGGAGGAAGAGGGUGAGGGCCAGCCAGAUGAUGAAGGUGAAGAGAAUCAGUUUGACGAAAUGAUGGGUGCACCAGUUGAGCCCUCAGCUGAAGACCAAGCUUGGGCCAAGGAUCCCGAUUACCAGCCCACAACUGGUGUCAAGAAAAUCAAAAAGGGUAAGAAAAGCCGCUUGCGAUAUGCAGAAGGGGAUAAAGAUAUGGACGUUAGUGUUUACGACUUUGAAGAGGAGCAGCAAGAAGGGCUUCUGUCAGAGGUCAAUGCUGAGAAGGUUGUAGGCAAUAUGAAGCCACCCAAGCCUACCAAAAUCAAGAAGAAAGGAGUGAAAAAGACAUUUCAGUGCGAGUUCAGUGCGUGCAGUUACACCUGUCCACGUCGCUCCAACUUGGACCGGCACAUGAAGAGCCACACGGAUGAGAGGCCUCACAAAUGCCAUCUUUGUGGGAGGGCCUUUCGGACAGUUACUCUCCUGAGAAACCAUCUUAACACACACACUGGAACUCGCCCACAUAAGUGCACAGAUUGCGAUAUGGCCUUUGUGACCAGUGGAGAAUUGGUCCGUCAUCGCCGCUAUAAACACACACACGAAAAGCCCUUCAAAUGCUCCAUGUGUGAUUAUGCGAGUGUGGAGGUGAGCAAACUGAAACGCCACAUUCGCUCGCACACCGGAGAGCGUCCAUUCCAGUGCAGCCUUUGCAGCUAUGCCAGCAGAGAUACCUAUAAACUAAAGAGGCAUAUGAGAACACACUCAGGUGAGAAACCAUAUGAGUGCUACAUCUGCCAUGCACGCUUUACCCAGAGUGGGACUAUGAAGAUGCACAUUCUGCAGAAACACACAGAGAAUGUAGCCAAGUUUCACUGUCCCCAUUGCGACACUGUUAUCGCCCGGAAAAGUGACUUGGGCGUUCAUCUUCGUAAGCAGCACUCAUUUAUUGAAACAGGAAAAAAAUGCAGAUACUGUGAGGCUGUGUUUCAUGAGCGCUAUGCUCUGAUUCAGCAUCAGAAGUCACACAAAAAUGAGAAGAGGUUUAAAUGUGACAUGUGUGACUACUGCUGUCGUCAGGAGCGUCAUAUGGUAAUGCAUCGUCGUACCCAUACAGGAGAAAAACCCUUUGCCUGCACCCAGUGUGAGAAGACCUUCAGGCAGAAACAGCUAUUGGACAUGCACUUCAAACGAUACCAUGACCCCCACUUUGUUCCCACUGCUUUUGUGUGUCCCAAGUGCAGCAAGACAUUUACUCGCAGGAAUACCAUGUCUCGUCACUCUGAAAACUGCAAUGGUGAAAUAGAUGAGGGUGAAAAUGGAGCUGCGACCCCAAGGAGAGGAAGGAGGGGCAGGAAAAGAAAGAUGAGGAGCAGGAAAGAUGAUGACAGUGAAGACGAAGACCAAGUGGAACUGGAUGAAGAAGAUGAGGAAGAAGACGAGCUCCCUGAUGAGGAGUCUACGCUGCUCCAGGACGAAGAGGAGGCUGAGGGAUUAGACCUGGACCAGGCCCCAGCCAUUGUCCCAGUGCCAGCUCCAGAGGAACCACCAGUGAAGAGGAAACGGGGAAGGCCCCCAAAGAAUCCUCCUAAGACCCCCACACAGAGCCAUGUUACACCAAAGGCGGCAGCCAUUAUCCAGGUGGAGGAUGAGAGCACUGGAGCAGUGGAGAACAUCAUAGUGAAGAAGGAGGAGGGCGAUGGUUCAGAGGUGACCCCAGACGAACAGGGUGUGGCUCUGACAGUGGAGGCCGUGGGCCUGGACACAGAUGCCACAGAAACGGUGGAGCUGAGUUUGAACGAGGCCACAACUGCUGCCAACGGCGACCUGACUCCAGAGAUGAUCCUCAGCAUGAUGGACCGGUGAAGACAGCAGUGCAGGCAAAAGACUGAAGUUUAUGCUUGCUGACAUGUCAUAUACACUUUGUUGCUUUUUCCUUCUUAUCAGGCCCAGUUUUUAUCCCAAAUGUAUAUCUGUAUGCAGGGGUGGUGAAAGACCUAUUAUUACUGUUUUAGUUAUUUUUUCUUUGUCAGUUUUUGGACUAUUGACAGAUUUAAAAAAAGAAUAAUGCUAAGAGAAUAAUGCUACUAAUAAUGUUGCUAAAACUGGCUUAAAACUGGAUGUUAAAGCCAGAAGGUGCAUGAACAAACAAUGUCUAAAUAUACUUGCAUCACAUUUGCAACAUAGUUUUAAAAUACCCCACAAGUGUCUUUAUAAAUGAGAUUCAAAAAGCUUAUUUUUGUACAAGGCUGCACAUAAUGUUUAUUUUUCCUUUUAUUUUACAAGGAAUUACCAUUACCACAACUGUAGUUCCAGCUGAUUAUGACAAAUAACAAAAUUUACAAUUGUUUGUCUUUAAAAAUAUGAUGAUGAUCCAUGUUGGAAAUCUUCAAUCUUACUAUAUAAUUAGUGUUAAAUGUGUUCUAAACCCGCUGUUUUGGACUCACUGACCGCAUGUGUUCCCAAAGUCUGAAAAAUACUGAAAAUAUUUGCAUCAUUUGAGCAGAUAAUUUUGCUCUGUGGAUGUUGCAAAAGCAGCCACAUCGUGGUUCAGAUACUGCGCUCUGCUGUUCUAAGAAAUCAUGUGUAGUCGUGCUUUGCAUCCUUUUAUUUUGUGAAAACACUCACCUUAUGAAUCCUACCAACAAAUGUUUUGUUCACAAUAAUGUUUUUCUUUUUUUUUUUAAUUGCAAAAUAUUUGUUUUAGUCUACUUCUUUUCAUUUGAAUCUGAGGCAGGCUGUGGUUUGUGCAUGUUGGAUUAAAUUUCAGAACAUUUGUUUAUACUUUUUGGGCACAGCUAUACAUAGCUCAUGUGAUAAAAAUGUAAUGAUUUGAACAUUCCACCUAAUUAAACCAGUAACCUAUAAUGUG